CAUCAGUGUUACCAAGGGAACUAUUCUGAGAGCAACUCUGUCAGAAGAUAUUUGAAGGUAAGGAUCAGUUACAGACCUCUGAAAGGAACAGAGUGAAUGCAAACAACAUGCAACACAUGCUGUACAUCUGGACUCGGGCUGCCUUUGUUUUCUGCUCUGUCAUUUCUACUGGAGGGGAGAAUACUUGUCCUGAGAUAAAAGUUGUAGGCCUGUCAGGCUCAGACAGGCUCACUGUACUACAGGGAUGCCCUGGUGUACCUGGGGCUGCUGGGACCCCUGGUCUGAAUGGGCUUCCUGGAAGCAAAGGUGAUGCUGGUGUUGCUGGAGUCAAAGGAGAAAAGGGAGAUCAGGGGCUCUCUGGAAAGCCUGGACCUAAAGGAGACCAAGGAGACCAGGGUGUCCAAGGAGCUAAAGGUGAAAAGGGAAAUUGCCCUGAUUUAGGUGCCAAAGAAUGCCAGCAAGGUGCCAAGAAUUGCACGGAUGUGCUGGCCCGUGGGCAGGUGCUGAGUGGUUGGUACACAGUUUUCACUGAAAGCUGUAAAGCAGUGACGGUGUUCUGUGACAUGCACACUGACGGAGGAGGCUGGCUGGUGUUUCUGAGACGCAUGGAUGGCUCUGUCGAUUUUCACCGCAGUUGGAAUGUUUACAAGGAGGGCUUUGGAAAUCAGUUAUCUGAGUUCUGGCUGGGGAAUGAAAAUAUUCAUCAGCUCACCAAAACAGGAAACUUUGAGCUGCGUGUGGACCUGGAAGAUUUUGCUAAUGUAAAAACAUAUGCAACCUACAGCUCUUUCCGAAUCCACGGGGCAUCUGACCUUUACAGGCUUGAACUUGGAGAAUUUGUGGAAGGCACAGCAGGUGAUUCUCUGACUUACCACAAUGGGCAGCCCUUCUCCACCCAUGACAGUGAUAAUGAUAAAUCAGAAGGAAACUGUGCUGUUGUGGUAAGUGCUGCCUGGUGGUAUAAAGUCUGCUACGAAUCCAAUCUUAAUGGACUCUAUCUGAGAGGACAAACUGGUAAACAUGGUCUGGACUGGCGUACUGGCAAAGGAAUUGGCUACUCUUACAAAUAUGCUGACAUGAAAUUUAGACCCCAUUAAACAUCUAUUGCUAAUUUUAUUCUGUAUUUUUCUCAAUAAAAUUUUACAGAAAAUACAUUCUGUAUAAUAAGCAACAAACUACAUAUAAGAAUACUUUUUUUUUAGCAAAGUGCUUACUUAACCAAUUGUAAUAAAUAACAACAAAAAGUUACAGUGUAGAUGUAGAAACAUAAAUGUGCUUAACUGUUAUUUGAUGACAACUGCUUUCAAGAGAAACAGCAGGUCUAAAGAUUACCAGACCUUCUACCAAGCAUAUAGCUUACAUUUUGAACCUCAUGAAUCAAAUAUGAUUCAAAUGGUCAUCAUGGGCAAAAAUGUAUUGUUUAGAAAAAUACAAAAUAUACAAAAUAAAAUGUCCCUCUACAUGCCACAAGCAGUGGGCUUCACACAUACCCUUAUAUACAUAUAUAACACAAUAUUAUUUAUAGACAACUUGCAUAUUCCCUCCCUAAGGAUGUGCUAUCUCAUCAUGUGUGUGCAGGCAACUUCCUGAUUGCUGACUUCUCAUUAGCCAUUUGAACAGUGACCUUUUGGGUACCAACCACACAAACAUGACCCCACACAUACACAUAAUGUAUAAUAUUCCAUACUUACCACUGUAGACCUUUAGUAUGAGUCUUUACUGCACAGAAAACCUCUUUUUUGCAUCGCAGAAAAGUGUUCCUCUGCUUUGGUACAAAAAUAGUAACAUCAACUAAUAACGUGUAUAUUUAAAUUAUUAGAAACUUGUACUGUGGAAUAUGUCAUAAGGCAGUAUUAUUAGUAAGAAAUGUGACAAAACUGUAGUCUACAAACUAAAAAACAGAAAAAAACAAUAGUUGAAAUACCUGCACUGACCGUAAUUAAUGUAUGUAUACUUGUUAACUCAUUUCCACACCUUAGAAUCUCUUAUUCCUCUUAGAAACCCACUGUGUUUUGUAUCUUGUAGUAACUGUGUGAGCAUUUUUGUAUAAAAUAUAGAAGGAUACGCAUUUAAAGUAAUCAUUUUUUUUCAUUUGUGUUUCAUGAUUAGAUGCAUAAUUUACAUGGUUAUAAUGUAUAAAGGAACUCAGAAUUUAGAAAUGGUAUUUGCGAAUGCUCUUAGUGAUUUAGUUCUUUCCAGUAAUAUUUGUACUGAUUUUAAAAAUGCAAUACAAGUCACAUUAAGCAAAACAACUAAUAACAUUUAAAACUAUUUAUAAAAUAUAUUCAUCAUAUAUUCAAGUAAAUCUUAACUCACAUAUACAAUCAGUAUACAUCUUAAUUAAAUUCAAGGGAGCUUUUAGUUCUUUUAAUGAUACAUAAGCUCUGAGCCUCAAUUUUACUAACAAUUAUUUCUGUACUUCAGCAUAAAUAUGAAUGAUUCUUGCUUAUAAUACUAAUUAAAAAUAUAUUUAAAUAGUU